AUGUCCUGGUUCAAGGUUCCAAAAUCUACUUCGGCGUUCAACUUCAAACCCGACCCGCCCGCGCCUCCGCCCGAGCCUGCCUACCAGCCGCGGGCUAAACGACAUCCACCCACACAACUUCCUGCUCUAUACGACGCCGAAAAAGGGCCAAAAGUUGAGCCCGCGCCGCCCGGGGCCAUGUACUGGUCGCGCGCCCGUAGCCUGGGUCACGACCGCCUGCCUGUACGCGCGCAUGCAAUGUGCACCGUGGGCAGCAAUAUCUACGUAUUUGGCGGAUGCGACUCCAAAGCGUGUUUCAACGAGCUCGCCGUUCUUGACGCAGACUGCAUGUACUGGACCACGCCACCCUGCCAGGGCACGAUCCCGCUUCCGCUGCGCGCAAUGACAAUGAACACCGUAGGCAAGAAGAUUGUCAUUUUUGGCGGUGGCGACGGGCCUUCAUAUUUCAACGACGUAUAUGUCCUCGAUACGGUCAAUCUGCGAUACAAGAAACCCAAAAUCAACGGGCCCCAGCCAUCGAAACGCCGCGCGCAUACCGCCUGCGUGUACAAGGGCGGAUUAUACGUGUUUGGCGGCGGAGAUGGCGUGCGCGCCUUGAAUGAUGUGUGGAGAUUGGACCUUACGGAUCUCAAUCGCGCAACGUGGAAACUCAUCAGUGCUGGGUCUUCAUCCCGAUACCAUACGGCGAAUAUGGUCGGCUCGAAACUCAUUGUCUACGGCGGCUCAGAUGGUGUAGACUGCUUCCGCGACGUGUGGAUAUUUGAUGUCGAGACGCUGGUUUGGAAAAGCGUCAAUAUCGAAGUGUCUUUUCCGCGACUGAGUCAUACCGCGACCGUUGUGGGGAGUUAUUUGUUCGUCUUUGGUGGCCAUGACGGUGUCGAGUAUUCAAACGACUUGCUGCUACUUAAUCUCGUGACUAUGCAGUGGGAUAAGAGAAAAGUAUAUGGUGCGGCGCCCAGUCCGAGGGGGUAUCAUGCUGCUGUCCUGUACGAUUCAAGGCUCUUCGUUGUCGGAGGAUACGAUGGACGCGUGUUUGACGAUACUUUCCUGCUCGACCUCGGCAUCAGCGCGUACUACUCACAGAUAUCAAAUUUUACAAUUGACGUAUAACGCAUUUCUGGUCAUGUAGUAUAGACUUGAACGAAUAAUGCCAUUUCCAUCUCUUUUCUCUUUUUCUCUUUUGCAUAUUCUCCUCUCCCCGUUUCUUCGUUUCUCAAUUUCCUCAUUAUUUUGUCUGUGCAAGCCACAUCAUCCAUCCUCCGUCCUCCAUUUUCAUGUCCAACUAUACCGUCAUUUAAACCCACAGCAGCCC